AUGGAGAAGUUACUCUAGCUAGUAGAUGGUUCAUAUUUUGCUAAUAAAUGCUACUUUAUUGGUAGAAGACUUAGAUUGAAUGCUGAAGAGUGCUUUGAUGAAGCUAUUGAAGAAACUAGAAAGAAGGAUAAAGAAAGAGAAGAAACAAUGAGAAAUGAAAAGAUCAUUUUCUUCCUUUGCUUUAUGGCAUUCCCUUUAUUAUCAAAGAUAUGGUAAUCUAUAAGAUUAUAUUUAUUAUUUUUAGCUUUAACAAAAGGUAAAAGAACAACAGUCGGAACAUAAUUCAUGAUGGAUAACCUUUUAGAAGAAAAUGAUACUAUUGUGAAGGUGCUAAAGCAACAAGGUGCAAUUAUUUUAGUAAAAGGUAGCAUACCCUAGGGAGCUGGAUCAUAUCAUACAGAUAAUAGACUCUGGGGUAGAGCUCUAAAUCCAUAUGACUAAGAAAGAUCUUGUGGAGGAUCCUCUGGUAGUGAUGCUGCGUUAUUUGCUUCAAGAUGUAUUCCGAAUUCUUUUGGAACCGAUCUUAGAGGAGGUAGUCUCAGAGUACCAAAUCAUUUAACUGAGUUUUUUGCAUUAACCCAACUUCCUGGAGAAUCAGCUUUGAAUGGAAAAUUCGAGAUUGGGCAUUGUUUUGGUCUUCCUGCUAUUGAGGCUAAUCUUUCAAUGCAAAGAGGUAUUAGACUUACUAAACAAUCUCUUUAGCAAAGAGUUAUAUCUUGGAUUGAUCGCUCAUGCUAGUUUAAGGGUGAAAAGAGAUUUUUAGAAUAGGUGAGUAUUUCUACGAGAAGAUGCAUAAAAGUUGAAAGAACUUAGUAUUAAGGCUUUGAUUAUUCCUACCUAUGCAAUUCCGCUUUUAAACAUGCUAGCAUUGGGAAAGUUGGUGGCUUCAAUGAUUAUUUAAAUGCUUUCACCAUCACUCAAUACCCUAUCUGA